CGCUCUGUUUUGGCGAUGGUCCACGGGCGUCGUCGUCGUCGAUGUCGUCACUACUAAUUCAGUACACUCUGCUGCCGGCCUUUCAAUUGCACGUCUUCUUCUUCCCCUUGUGUCGCAAUCGCCGCCAUGAGAGCACAAAGCCAACGGAGAGCGAGCACCUCGACGUCAAACUCGCGCUUCUGACGGUUCUUCCGCACGCCUCCGUCUCCGAUUCACGGUGCGUGGAUUUGUGAAGGAGAGUUAGAUUGGUGUUGUCAUCAUGGUGUACUACUUCAAGGCACGUCCCGAAUGCGGGGACUAUGUUAUUUACAUGGGCCUCGACAAGCACGAGAACGAGGACCUUAUCAAGUAUGGCCUACCGGAGGAUAUCUGGUUCCAUGUGGAUAAGCUGUCAUCUGCUCAUGUCUACCUGAGAAUGCACAAGGGCCAAACUAUGGAGAUGAUCAGCCCUGAGCUUUUAGAAGAUUGUGCUCAGCUCGUGAAGGCCAACUCCAUCCAAGGUAAUAAACUCAACAACUUGGAUGUUGUUUACACACCGUGGUAUAAUCUGAGGAAGACUCAAAGCAUGGACGUUGGCCAAGUUGGCUUUCAUAACUCCAAGCUUGUGCGUACAGUCAAGGUUGAGACACGCAAGAAUGAAAUUGUGAAUCGGUUGAACAAGACUAAAACCGAGCAGACUCCUGACUUGAAAGCUGAAAGGGAAGCCUACAACGCUGCAGAGAGAAAUGAACGGAAGGCACAUAUCAAGGAGAAGAAACGGCGAGAAGAAAUAGAGCGGUUGGAAAAGGAGAAGCAGGCAGAACUUCGGAGCUACACAAGGCUCAUGGUUCAGGAGAAGAUGACAUCUAAUAAGGAUAUUGCUGCCAAGGGAAAAUCCCUGGCGGAAUUGGAAGAGGAUUUUAUGUGACAUCUGUUCAUUGUUCUAUGUAGUUAAUACUAUUGUGAUGAUGCAGCCUGUCCUGUUUCAAUUUCAAAUGGCAUGUUGUUCUCUUCUUGCA